CAUGUUCCCACAGCAUCCCCAUCCCUGAGUCUCCUCAGGCAAUGAAACCCCAAUUCCUCUGGACCCCCAUUCUCCUAGACACCCAUCCUUAGGUCCUCACAUUCCGUGAGCCCCCCACUCCUGGGAACCCCAUGUCCCACUUUGUCCCCAGCCUGUCCCCAGCGUGUGGCCACCCUGCCCCCACCAAGGGCCACCUACACGUGGGGACGGACGUGACCUCGCUUCCUUCCCUUUCAGCCAAAGAGCCGCCAGCCAGGGGAGCGGUGGCCACAGCAGCGAGUGACAGCCAGUCCACAUGGCUGGGGACACCGGGAUGGCCGGGAAGGUGGCGCUGCUCCUGUGGGUCCAGACCCUCAGCCUCGCUGGUGAGUUCUCGGGGGAUCCCAUGUCCCCACCCCACUCUCCCGAGCUCCACGGUGGCCUUGGCAGGCUGGUGUCCCCUGUCACCCGCAGGAGCCCAGACCACCCAGAUGCUUGUGGAGCCCCCUUGGAGGCCGCCAGUGCUAUGGGACCAGGUGACACUGACCUGCCAGGGCUCGGGGACCGCCGGUGCCACUACCUGGUACAAGAACGGGCAGCUCUGGCGGCAGGGACGCAACGACCUCACUGUCACCGAGAGUGGCACCUACACGUGUGACAGAUCUGGCACCGGUCUCAGCCCUGCUGUGAUUGUCUCAGAUGACCUGCUGGUGCUGCAGGUGCCAUCAGGGGCUCUGCUGGAGGGGGACACGGUGACACUGCGCUGCCGGGGCCGGUGGAACAGCACGGUCACCAUGGUGCGAUUUUACAAAGACGAGAAGGACCUUGGGGGGUCUCUCAAUGGGACCGAGCUGUCCCUGUCCCCUCUGCAGCUAAACCACAGCGGCCACUACAGCUGCAGGGGCUUGGUGGGAUCCUUCAUGUCACGGUCACCACCAGUGACAGUGACAGUGCAUGUACCCGUGGCCAAUGCCACCAUCACCCCCAGUGUUCUGGAGGUGACACCGCAGGACACAGGAGCACACAGGGACACAGUGGCCAUAGGGCUCAGUGGGGCCCUCCUGUUCCUGCUCCUGUUCGUGGGUGUUAUCGUGGCCUGGCACCAGUGGCACCAUGUGGCAGCUGCCAGCAAGCACCAGGAAAGGGCCCCCCCGGAUGCCCCUGCCCCCCCAGAGCAGGGGGAGGUGCUGUACACCCACGUCAUGGUCACCAAGAGGGCAGGGGCGUCCCCCUGUGCCACCACACUCCAGGAUCCCCAGGUGACUUACGCGGAGCUGCGGGGACCCCAGGGGCGACCAAGGGAACCCGGUGACAUCUACGGGAAUGUGCUGUGACACUGGGGGUCACUUGGGGGCACUGGGGGUCCCCACCCAUGGGCACCCACUCCUGUGUGUGCUGCCACUAAAAACUGCCCCUCUCCCUCCCUGUGGAGGCACAAAGAUCCCAAAGGGCUGAGAGAGGAACAAUUUCCUGAAACAGCAACCAGAAAGAAUAAAACCAACAGCAACAGCAACAAGCUUAAGAGUCCAAAUGGUCACAAAAGGAACAAUUUCCAGGGAAAGCCACAAAAAGGAACAAAGCCCAGACCUUUCCCCCAGCACGUUUCCUCCACCAGAGGAAUCUGGAAGGGCCCUGUAUCUUCCUUGCUCUGAUGGCCAAAGUGGCCUUCAGGAGGCUCUGGAUUCUCUUGUCCCCUCUCCCAAACCCAUCCUUUGCCCUGUUCCACACAUGAGGAUGUCACAAAGGCGCUGUGGGGGCUCCAGAGCCUCCCCCUUUGCCAGGGCAGUCGGGAUCAGGCCAUGGCACAGGGUGGAGUGUCAGAGACAGGAAAGGUUUUAUGUCUGGAGACAUUUUGGAACACCUGUGUGUGGCGUAGUUGGGUCAGUCCUUGCUUUUGGUGAGACACUGCCCUGUCUGUCUAUCAGUCUGUCAGCCAUGGCACACUGAGGACAGUGUGAAGCUCUUCCCAAGCAAGCUCCUGAGUGGCUGGGUGACCAGAAGUGCCAGCUGGGGAGAGAGCCCUUGGAGGCCAAACUGACUUAAAAGGCAGAGCAUGAGGUAGCCGUGUCCCAUAACCUGUCUCCUCCUUGAGGUGUCUAUCCUGUCCAUGCUGGAACCGAACAGCUGUCAACUUGUUUAAAUGAGUAAUACAUGCAAUGGAAAGUCGAAACAUUACUGGAAUGGAGAGAAGACCCAUCUCUAAAACUUUUUCUAAUUUAAAAAUGAUCGAGUAUCAAGGACAAAGUGCAGGAAAAUGAAUACCAGCUCUUUAAUGGGAAUUUAUAAACCAGAAGAGAACAAACAACACAAACUCGGAACUUUCCCUCACGCUCAGGGCUGUUUGUUUUUGUGGCAGUGAUAAUCGUGGCCAGCAGGGGGCGCUGCAGGGAGCACUCCCGGCCAGCAGGGGGUGCCCUGGGCGAGCUCCAUCCCCUCAGGGGCCAUGGCGGCCUCGCACGGGAGGCACCAGGGGAAAUCGCUCCUUGUGCAAACUCACGGCCACCAAUCGCUCCCGGCACCACCACCGGCAGCGGGCAGAAGCCGCCAAGGCAGCAGGUUGGAUCCCAGUGCCCAGGGGCAGCGUAGCAGGGUCUCAGGGCCAGGCACACGCCCUGCGCAACACCCGCGACCGCUCUCCAUGAUCCUGAAUGGAACAAAGGCAGCGCCUGACCCCAGGCAGGUGUUGUUUCCACAGCAGCACCUCUGGUGCCUUUACACCACAAUUCCUGCAAGCCCUCAGCCUUUCCCUCAGGUGAGGAGGGCUUGGAUGGGGCAGCUUUGGGGACCUCUGGAAUCCACACAGGGUCACUCCCCAGAGCUCCCCCAUGGCCGCUGGGCAGAGGCACUCCUCGGUAUUUCCACAUUUUUCCCUCUUUUCUGGCGGCCACAGCCUGAACCCAAACAUUCUUUCCAUGAGGUUCCAGAAGGCUGCAGGUUUUGUUCAAGAAGGAGGGACCCAGGCAGGUUCUUGAGCAGAGUGUUGUGGGAGUUGCAGUAGUUCUGGGGCUCUCUCAGUCCCUUACCAAGAGGAACAAAUGAGCAAUGGCUGCAUUUCCGGACUGGCUCCCUCACAGCUGCCCCUGUAGGGUGUGUUCCCAGCCAGCCCUGCUCUGAAAACCAUCCAAGGCCCUCGCAGAGCCACUGCUUGGGCUCCCUUUGGGCUUUGUGCUUCUUGCAGGCCUGAGCAAACCACAGGCAGGCCUUUUCCCCCACAGAAUUCUCACCUCUGCAGCAGCUCUAAAGCUGCCAGGAUAAAGCCAAGGGGGCAGGGGGGAUCCUGAGGUGCUGGCUGCCACCUGGGGCUGGGCAGAGCAGGGCUGGCCAAUGGCCAUCCCUGUGCAGUGGGGCUGGGCCAUGGCUGGGCCCCACCCUUGGAUGGCCACUGGCUUCAAGGAGCAGGAGUUUGGGAGCUCCUUCCUGCCCUGGGCUCCAUUCCUGAACUGCUCUUGCCGGCUCAGAUCCUGCAGAGGAUGAGCAAGAAUGGAGAAAUCUGGAUGUCCCCCAGAGCUGCCAUGGCCCACGAAAGGACUCCCUUGUCCAGAAAGUAUCGCCCGUGGGACAGGAUCCCCCCAGGACAGGACCCCCCUGGAUGUGUCUACCAGGAGAGAACCACCCCCGAAA